AUGGUCCAGAAGCAAAACGAGAUGCUCAAUGGUUUCUGGCGCAUCAAAUGGUGGAGGUAUCGAUACGCAAUACUAGCUGGAAUAUUAUUAAACAUAUUCCUCAUCAAUCAUUUCUUUCUCGAUCAAUCGAUAUCAGACCUCAACCCUUUCCCAGCUACGCAGUACCCCCCGCCAACUGUACCCCGUCCGAAAGACGCAGAUGCACCACCAGCACCCUCGGGAGUUAUAGUCACUCCACCGAAAUCGUCUGCGACGUACAACCUGAAUGAUUACAACUUUAACGGACAAUACGUGGGAUGGCCGCUCGAGCGGUUGUGCGGCGAGACCAAGUGGCAAGAAGGGCUGGUCUUCGUAUGCGACAACAAUUCUGGAGGAAUUGGCAACAUUCGAAACUUCAUCUUGACCUGUAUUCGAUAUGCUAUCGAGGCUGGCGCAACUGGUAUUACAAUGCCUCAGAUUCAGCGACGCUCGGAAACGGAUCUUGCAAAUAUCUUCACUACUGGGUUCAAACCGCUCAACUACUUUUUCGACGAAGAGCACUUCCGCAGCUCUAUAGAGACUUACUGUCCGCAGAUGAAAAUCUUCAACACGAAAACCGAUAUUCCAAACGCGGGUAAAAUACAAGAGAUCACCGAAUUCUAUCCCAAGGAUCUCAAUGUCGAUACAGAUGGAUGUGACGGGCGUGGUGUAAACCGACAUUUGGAUCAAUUCCGUCAGAAGUUUGACCAGUGGAUUCGCGAUAACAAACGACCAUCAAGCUGGGAGGAGCCAACCACAUUGAGGUUUAGAUGGGCAACAUUCUUUGAGUGGCCCAUCAUCCGAGAUGGGCCGGAAUUCGCGGCAACUUUUGGCGAUCUGCUGAGAAUUAAUAAGGAUAUCGAGAAGAUUGCUGUGAAGACAAUCUUGGAGCUUCAGAAAUUUGCUGGCGUCCAGCCUGACGGAACCCUUAUCACGGCACCCUACCUAGGCGUUCAUCUGAGGACAGAGAGCGAUGCGCUUAACUUCUGGCCAGACUUUGAUACUCAAAGUGACGGAUAUAUCCGGGAGGCGGAUACACGAAAUAUGAAGCACGCAUACUUGGCGUCAGGAAAUGCUACCGACGGCCACAGAUUUGGUGCUAAAGCCUUUGACAAGCUGGGGUUGAAAGUAACUCAGAAAAUGGACUUAUUGAAGGGAGAAGAUUUAAAGGCUCUGACAGAUUUGAGCUGGGAUCAACAAGCCCUGGUGGAUUAUUUGGUACUAUCUAAGAGUACUCAUUUCACCGGAUGUUCAUUCUCUUCUUUCGCUAUGAACAUUGGAAUCAAGAGACACUUGAUGACCGGAGGAAUCAACUCGCGCCCAUGGCGGAGUCCGGGAGACGUCUUUUCGACUCUCGUUGGGAGAUUUGACAGCUGGUAUGGUGAUUGGAUGUUCAUGUACGAAUGCAUGUGGCCAUGA